CAGGGACAUUGCAGGGCUGCUUGGGAUUGGCAGGAAGCACUGCUCGACCACCACGAGGGCAACUGAUAGAGCUCCUACAGAGAGAGGACCUUUUCAGGUGCGUGACAGCCAAUCAUUAAGAUUGAUUGGGAUUGGCGAGAUCGAGCGACAAAAUGAAUCCGGAAGUUCUGAAGGAGAAGCUGCACUCCAUCGUGAGUGACAACCGGAGCUACGCGAGCGAGCACAAGGAACUCUUUGACCGGGCGCGCGAACUGAUGGAAAACCCGGAGGAGCUGGAGAAGAACUUGGCAAUCAUCGCCAAGGAGAGCCCGGUACGAUGGAAAGAUCAGGAUUUUCAUUUCUCAAUCCGCUAAGUAAUGUCAUGAGGAGCUACUUGCAUCACAAGUAAGGAUCGCAGUACAGUAGUUUUACUUCCACCUCCGCUCAACACCCAGGUCGGCCAACUCCUGGCACUCGAAACCCUCGAACAAGCUGCCGAUAACGAAAGCGACACCCAGUCCGAGCAGGGGCUUCUGCAAGCGCACGAGAACGAUGAAAAAACGAAUACGAAAUUGAAGUCGAAAGUGGACAAGCUGCAGAAGAAGAUCGAGCAGGUGCAGAUCGAGCAGCGGAUCGCGAAACAGGCGGACCAGAUCUUGCACCAGGUGAAAGAUUCCAUGGUGAACUACAAAUUCGACGACGAGUUCAACGCUUGGCGGGAAAAGGUCUGGGCGCAAGCAUUGUCACAGCAAGAGGCGGAAGAAGAUCGCUUUGCAGAGGCGGAUGGGAAGCCGAGGUCGUGGGUAUAGGAUUUUGAAUGCCACCAGGCGAAGAUGAAGUUUUUGGCGCUCCUUUUCCUUUUGCUGUGAUCAUGCAUACGAAAAAAAUUCAGUCUUUGCAUUUGGAUUUGACAAAAAAAAUGACACACAUUCAUCGUCGUGUUCUAGGUUCUCCUCCGCCACCUCGAUGAGAACGGGGAGCAAAUCACCCAGGAGGUCGGCGACAUUUUCCGGCGCGACGUGGAGACAAUUAACCCGGUCCAGCAUGACUACCGCAACGACCCGAUUGUGCGGAAGACCAAGCGACAUUCCUGGCUGUUCUUUUCCCCAAGUAAGUGGUGCGGUCUGCUGAACAAAAAGGGAAGCGGAGGGGAUGGUCGUACGAAUAAUGGUCAUAAAAACUACAUGAUGACAAGCGCGAGCGGAGUUGCGAAAUGGAAGGAGCUGUCCGCUUCGGAAAGCAGCAAUGCUUGGAAUUUCUUGACAAGGUCGGCGAUGGUGAACACAGUUUUCGCAGUUCUUCUCGCGAUCGGAUUUGUCGUUGGUAUUCUGCUGUAUUCGGUCUCAUUGGGCGGGAAGAGUGACGGCGUGGUUGCAGCUGCCGGCGCUCUUGCUGAUCCGACAGUUGUGUUGCAAGGCGGUGCGAGCGGACGCGUAGGUGAGCUGGGUGCCGUCGUUCCAAAAACGGACCUUGGCUCGUCCCACGUGACUUCCGCGGGCGGCGUUUCAAGUGUAGUAGAAACGAAUGCACUAACAGCACCAGUCGCAAGAGGAAGAGCGGAAAUUGCAGCAGCUUCUCCUACUUCCUCGGGCGUCGGUGCGAAAAGAACUUUGCUGCCACGACUGCAGGCAUCUGCAGCUGGAUCUUCCCUAGACGUGGAGGAACAAGCAGAAGCGGACAUGUCGCUCUACAGUGCCAUGAAGCAGCGGACGAGCAGACGCAGUGCCGGCAUUGUGUAAGUUGAGGGAAUUUUGGUACUUUUUCGAUCGAAGCCGAUCGAUAAGAAAAAAUCCAUGUGCAUUUGCUUGUCCCUGUUCAUCAUCAUUUUUGCGGUUUUCAUGAAGCACAAGGUUUGAAGGAGGCCGUAGCAAAAACUUUUCUUUUGGACUCCGAAUGAAACUUUCAGCUGACUUUUGCUGCGCCGAAACGAAUGAAUGCUUCCGAAUAAAAAUAUGCUGUCCAAGUGUUUACUGCCGUCGGGAACAUCUGGCGAAAUGCGAGUUCAGGUCG